GCUGGAGCUCCGCGGUGCCGGAACCCGGGAGUCGGGGCUCCCCAGCCACACCCCUCGCGGGAUUUAAAGGGGCAGGAGGCGCCGGGUCGGGCCGAAGCCUGAACCAAGCGAGCGGGCAUGAGGCGCUGCCCGUGCCGAGGGAGCCUGAGCGAGGCGGAGGCCGGGGCGCUGCCGGGGGCGGCCCGCAUGGGGCUGGAGGCGCCGCGAGGGGGGCGGCGGCGGCAGCCCGGGCAGCAGCGACCUGGGCCCGGCGCAGGGGGCCCGGAGGGGGGCGGGCCCCGGGCCCGAACCGAGGAGUCCAGCCUCCACACCGAGCUCGAGAGGGGCAGCCUCGGGCCUGAGCCGGGGACUGACGGACAGGCUGAGCCUGAAGCAGCUGGCUUCGGAGUAGAGACGGAGCGGCCCAGCCGAAGGACGGAGCCAGACAGGUCCAGCCUCCGCACACAUCUAGAAAGGAGCAGCCGCUGGUCAGAGCUGGCGACAGCUGGUCCCUGGACUGAGACUGGGACAGAUGGCUUUUGGACUAAUCCGCACAGGUCCCACCUCCAGUCUCAGCCAGAGAGGUCCAGACUCUGGACAGAGCCAGGGGUUGAUGGGCCCUGGACAGAGCUAGAAAUACGUGGGUCACAGACCCAGCUAGAGAGGGCCAAUCUCUGGACCCACCAGAACAGGUCCAGCCUCCGGACUCAACCAGAGAGGGGCUGUCCCUCAACAGAGCCAAAUGCCGAUGGCUCCUGGGAAGAAUUGUACACUGAUGGCUCCAGGACACAGCAGGAUACUGAAGGCCCCUGGACAGAGCCUCACACUGAUGGCUCCCAGAUACAACAAGAUCCUGAAACAGCCUGGAAACAGCUUGGCACUGAUGGUUUCCCAACACAACAAGAUCCUGAUGGCUCCUGGACACAGCUUGAAACUGAUGGUCCCCAGGCACAAGAUACUCAUGGACCCCAGACCGAGCCUGGGACAGACUGCAUUUUGGGGGAGCCCAACCAAGAUGACUCAUUAGAGGAACCAGAACGUGGGGAGUUGGUGACUCACCUGUACUCUCACCUGGAGAGUAGCCCCCUGACCCCUGUGCCCCGCCUCAUCAUCACUCCUGAAACCCCUGAACCUGAGGCUCAGCAAGUGGGACCCCCGUCCCGGCUUGACGGGGGCAGUGGCGGCUUCUCCUCUGCCUCCUCUUUCGACGAGUCUGAGGAUGACGUGGUGGCCGGGGGCGGAGGUGCCAGCGACCCCGAGGACAGGUCUGGGAACAAACCGUGGAAGAAGCUGAAGACAGUUCUGAAGUAUUCACCCUUCGUGGUCUCCUUUCGAAAACACUACCCUUGGGUCCAGCUGUCCGGACAUGCUGGGAACUUCCAGGCAGGAGAGGAUGGUCGGAUUCUAAAGCGUUUCUGUCAGUGUGAGCAGCAUAGCCUAGAGCAGCUGAUGGGCGACACCCUGCGGCCUUUCGUGCCAGCCUACUAUGGCAUAGUGCAGCGGGAUGGCCAGGCCUUCAACCAGAUGGAAGAUCUCCUGGCGGACUUCGAGGGCCCCUCCAUCAUGGACUGCAAGAUGGGCAGCAGGACCUACCUGGAGGAGGAGCUGGUGAAGGCACGAGAACGGCCCCGGCCCCGGAAGGACAUGUAUGAGAAGAUGGUGGCUGUGGACCCGGGGGCGCCCACCCCUGAGGAGCAUGCCCAGGGUGCAGUCACCAAGCCCCGCUACAUGCAGUGGAGGGAGACUGUGAGCUCCACCUCCACCCUGGGCUUCCGGAUCGAGGGCAUCAAGAAAGCCGAUGGGACCUGCAACACCAACUUCAAGAAGACGCAAGAGCUGGAGCAGGUGACAAAAGUGUUGGAGGACUUUGUGGACAGGGACCGUGGACUCCUGAGAAAGUACGUGGCUCGCCUGGAAGACCUCCGUGAGGCUCUGGAGAACUCGCCCUUCUUCAAGACCCAUGAGGUGGUGGGCAGCUCCCUCCUCUUCGUGCAUGACCACACCGGCCUGGCCAAGGUCUGGAUGAUUGACUUUGGCAAGACAGUGGCCCUGCCUGACCACCAGACGCUCAGCCACCGGCUGCCCUGGGCUGAGGGCAACCGUGAGGACGGCUACCUCUGGGGCCUGGACAACAUGAUCUGCCUCCUUCAGGGGCUGGCCCAGAGCUGACCUGCUUGCCGACCACCAGGUUGGGCAAUGCCCACCACUGGAUGGCGCCCAUCUGGCUGGAAGAGCCCCAAGAUGCGCAGGGGGCCUGAGGUUGGCCAUGGGGGAGCUGACAUCCGGGGAUGGGAGAGGUUCUGUUGUACACCUUGCAAGACCAGUGUGGAAGAUCUGCAGGGCCUUGGAGACCAGGUAGCGCCCGGCCCUUUCAUGACACGAGGGUUCUAAGGACCAGAGAGGGGCCGUGACAUGGCUGGGUUCCACCAUGAGCGACAACCAGACUCGGUCUUCUCACCAGCCAGGAAGGUUUCUGAGGGGCUGCCAGAGGCCACAGCUAAACCAGGCGCCCUGAAAGGACAAUUCAGGUGCCACAGGGUUCAGGCUGACCUGGUGCCUGUCACCCAUGAGUGACUGUAAUCACUGCCUCCUUGUCGAUGCCCUCCUGGCUGGAAGCUGGCUCUGAGGCCAGGUCAGCUUCGUCUGUGGUGCCCUGGAGAACCAGACCUCAUUUGCAAACAAAUGCAAGAGCCGCUCAUCCGUCUGGGUGAGUUAUGGCCCUAUCUCUUCAUCUGGGAGCCGUUCAAGUGCAGAGGGAGGCCCUGAGAGGGCAUGACACCAUGGGACCUGUCCAAGAGCUGACACUGCUGGGUGGGGCCCAGCUUACCCUGUCCUGCCCUCUCUUCCUUCCUGCUCCUGGAAGAAUCCUGCUGACCCUCUGCAGACCAAAACCACAGCCACAUCCCAUGCCAACACUGUGACCGGCACCAUCUCUUUCCUCAGGCACCAGCGCAGCCUCAGAACUUUCUCCUUCCUCCUAGCCGACCGCAGUGACAAAAACGGCUCUCUGAGGUUGGGAAGCAGGCUGAGGAAUCAGAGCUGCCUUCCUCCGGAGGACUGCCAUCCCCGAAAAGUGGCCAGCUUGGGCCACGGGCACGGGGGGGACCACUGGCUGUGACCCCAGGCUUGCAACCUGGUCCCAAUCCAAGAUCCCAGCACCCUGAGGUGUGGGUGAUGCUCCUCCGUCCCCUCCUCCUGCCCCUGUAACAUUGGCUUCCUGGCCCAGGAGGCUGGGGGGGGAUGGGCACCUCCCUCUUCCCGAGGCUCUAAUGCUGUCUCCCAG